AUGGCACCCUCAACCAUAGAAACACCUUCUCCCCGUGAGCCUCCAGUGGCCAAGCCGCCAUUGGAUCAGGCAACGACGGGAAACUACAAGGAGCAUUUGCCAAUUGCAUACGAUAAAGAUGCGGAAGAGGGUAGAAAGAGCUAUAGCGCAGCAAAGUAUCCAAACUACCUGCCAACUUGGGAUCAUUCUCAGAAAUACCCACCUUUGGAGCCGUUUACACACCUUGAGCGCGGAAAAGACGUCGAUACAUCAUAUGAGGAAUUGCUUGCCAAUGGUGCAAAAGUGACGCACCUCACGCCCACCAUUGGUACGGAAGUGGACGGCAUCCAAAUUAGCAAGCUCUCUCCGGCCGGUAAGAACCAGCUCGCUCGAUAUGUGGCAGAGCGAAAGGUAGUGGCCUUUCGCAAGCAAGACUUUGCAUCUCUUUCCAUACCAGAAGCACUCGAGUUCGCUCGCUACUUUGGUCCUCUUCACAUCCACCCCACCUCGGGGUCCCCGGCUGGCUAUCCUGAAAUCCACCUCGUGCACCGAGCCGCGGGCGACACGAGCGCCAGCAAGUUCCUGGAGACACGCAACAGCUCCGUUGCCUGGCAUUCUGACGUGACUUACGAAAGGCAGCCCCCUGGCAUAGCAUUUUUGUACAUGCUCGAAAAGCCGGAGACGGGAGGCGACACACUAUUUGCCAACACGGUUGAGGCGUACAGACGGCUGAGCCCGGUACUCCAGGAGCGCUUGCACGGACUGCAGGCUGUGCAUUCCGGAGUCGAACAGGCUAAUGCCAGCGUUUCAAGGGGAGGUGUCUUGCGCCGUGAGCCGGUACAGUCCGUUCAUCCGAUCGUACGAACCCACCCUGCAACGGGCGAAAAGGCCUUGUUCAUUAACCCACAAUCCACGCGAGGAAUUGUAGGAAUGAAGCAGGAGGAGAGCGAUAUGCUCCUGUCAUUUCUUUUCAACCACAUCGCUUUCGGCGCGGACUUCCACUCUCGAGUCAAAUGGGAAGAGGACACAGUCGUGGUUUGGGACAACCGUGUCACGCAACACACGGCGCUGAUUGACUGGAAGGACGGGCAGAGGCGUCAUAUUGCUCGCAUUACGCCCCUGGCCGAAAAGCCGUAUGAGACGCCAUUUAAGCGAUAA